UCUCAGACUCCUCCUCUCCGCGCCCCGCGGCUCCGCGGGGCCGGGUUUCUCCGGCGUCACGGCGGGGCAGGCGGGGGUCGGGGCGCGGCUCUCGGCGGCCGGCCCGGCGCAGGCGGCCGCUGUGGGGCCUGUGGUGCCGCAGGCCGGCGGUGCUGUCGCCCGUCGGUUCAGGAAGCACACUGAGGUGCUUGAGCGUGUCUAGAGAAGGGCAGCGGAGCUGCUGGAGGGUCUGGGGUAUAAGGCCUGCUAGGAGCGGCUGAGGGAGCUGAGGGUGUUUAGCCUGGAGAAAAGGAUGCUCGGGGAGACCUUAUUGCCCUCUACAACCACCUUGGAAGGAGGCUGCAGCCAGGGGAGGAUUGGUCUCUUCUCCCAGACGACUAAUGGCAGGAUAAGAGAACAUAGCCUCAAGCUGUGCCAGAGGAGGUUCAGGCUGAACAUCAGGAAGAAUUUCUUCUCAAUAAGAGUGAUUAGACAUUGGAAUGGACGUGACAGCUUAGUGCCACGGUUCAGUUGACAAGACGGUGUUUGGUUGUAGGUUGAACUCGAUGAUCUUAGAGACCUUUUCCAGCCUAAGUGGUUGUGUGAUUCUAGGAAAGCAGUACUGUGUGCUGGCUGGGUGGGGGCACGGAGCAGCUGCUGCAGGGCGGGGCAGGCUGGGGCAUUCCCUAGCCCCGUGCUCUCAGGAUGUUGGUAGGGACCUUUUCAUUGACUACCUAGUGCAGCCGCUCUGUGGACUCACCUUUGUUUUAAACUCAGGCUCUUUUUUCAAAGAGCCAGUUCAGAUAGGUGUGAAACAUCAUGUUGAGGCUUGUAAUCUUCCUCACGAUGGUUCUUGAAGUGCCUCUCUGAAAUCUUUGAUGAGUGGUGCCUGCCCUAGGCAUCACAGCCCACUGCGUGGACCAGAAAGAGAAGUAGCCAAGCAUAAAACGCAUAGCUUCUGCUGCACAAGAGCAGUAGCAGUCUACAAGGAAAGAGACAAUGUCUUCUGAAACAGGUCAACAGGGUAGUCAGACACCUCCAGUAAAGCAACCUGGAUGGCCAAUGUUAUUUUGUCCCAUGUCCCAAAUUCAAGACAGAGAGAUUGCAAGGAUCAUUAAAGAAUGCAAACAGGAAAGCUUCUGGUACAGAGCUCUUCCUUUAUCUCUUGGGAGCAUGCUUGUCACCCAGGGGCUAAUCUCAAAAGGCAUUUUCUCAGCAAGUCCAAGAUUUGGUCCAUACCCCAAGAUGGCAAUCGCCGGUGUCUUGGGUUUUGCCAUUGGAAGGAUGUCAUACAUGGGAGAAUGCCAAAAAAAGUUUCAGAAAAUGGGUAUUGCUCCAUUUGGUCCACAACAAAAAAGGAAGUGUCAUCAUACUUGCAAAGAAUGUAAAGCAAAAUUGGGAUCCAAUGAGAGAGAGGGUUCAAGUCCUUCAGCAACUUAGUGCCAGAUAUGGUGAACAUGAUUAAAACUUUAUGGACCAUCUUCUUUCAAGGCACUUUCCUGUAGAAUAGAAAUAAUAAUUUUGUGAUUCUAUCUCCUAGAUUUGGUAUAAAUUGAUUUAUUUUGAAAUAGUUGCAUAUUUUUACAUUAUUCUGUUUGUACUAAAUACCAGUUUUUUGAAAUGUACUUUUUGAAAUACACUCCUCUCUUUUCAGCACAUAUUGGUUUAUUUUCCUCUCUUCAGUGCAAUUUAGCUCUUAGUGCUGAAAAAUUACAUUUGUCUAUUGUAUUUAGAUGCUGGCAGUGCUUUGUGUAAGAGACAGAGUGGUUUAUGUUGGAAUGUUUGUCUGUGUGAAAUGGAAAGGCUGUGAGGAUGUUUAAAUGGUUUGCACAGUGAAGCAGCUAUCCAGUCUCUGAGCUGACCCCUUGGCUAUGGCAUACUUUAUGAGUACCCAAUGAAGGAUUUUGUCAGACUGCAGUUAAUGUGCUGAACCAACUUCCCAUAAGCCAGCGUUACACAAAGGGCUGCUUUGCCAGGGAUACCAAAAUCAUGAGCAAGAACACACAAAAUUUUGGAACAGUUUAUGGUUGCAUAAAAUCUGAGGCCACCAGGUGCUGAGAAAACCCCACACCUAGAUGGCACAUGCUCCCUACAAACAGCAGGACACAUCUCAUGAAACAUCUCAGCAAAUCAAAAGCAGGCACUUCCCCUAAACACAGUGAUAGCUUUCAUAUGGAAAUAAAUGCAGCUACUGAAAAGUUUGGCCUUUGCUGUCAGUUGAUGAGGACUCUGUUCUGUGGGCUUUUUCUGUUUGCUUUUAUAGCCUGUGGUUAGUGUUCCUCUUUUGAACUAGCUUCUGUGGGCAUCUUUACCUCAACACAAAGAAAUUCUGCAAGCCAAAUAUGUAGUGUAGAAAAGUAUAAUGUAACUAUUAAUUGGUUAGUAAACACAAAAGACAUUCUGGAUCUGACAGUCAUUAGACUGAAUACUCAACUCCCUGAUAAAGCACUUGGAUAGCCUUUCCUAGCCAAAGCAGCCACCAGGCAGAAGGGGAAGGGUUUUCCUGGCCUUCCUGUUCUAUUCUUUACUGUAAGAUUUUAUACUUUUCUACUUGGUUUUUAGCCUCUUGAAUUCUUCAGCUACCAAGAACCCCUCUCUCAACAGGGGCUUCAGUUUUACACUUGUAACUUUUCUACAGUUAUUUUUCCAGCUCUUUCCAUGGGAGUCAGGGAUACACAGCAGUGCUGUGCCACAGCUGCUGCUGGGUACAGGCAGGUGAGCCUUGGAGAGCUUUCCACAGGGCCUCCAGGGAGAGGGGCUUACACAACCACAGAGAAGGCAACCUCCUUUGUGAAAAUCAUGUAAUUGUCAUGGGUGUGCUGUGAUAGCCACCAAAACUUGAGUGGUGACAUGUCUGAGCUACUUCCCCUUCAUCUGUCAUCUGCUGUCAAGAUAACAGCCAGAAGGUGCCCCAGGGUUAGUCGUGCCUGGGUUACCUGAGGGAAGCCAUUACAUCCAGGUGACACCAACGAGAGCAAUGCGUGUGACACAGGACCGUGCGUGUCAGACUCAGAAGUUGUUCUUGUGGUCAGUGUUACCUCUUGGGAUUACAACUUAGCGACUGAACUUUGCUUUAAAUGUCAUUUUGAUUAUUUUUUACUUUCAAUUGUUUUUCUGUAAUAAAUAUAGUGAUGUAUAAAAUUUCUUGUCUCCUUUUUUUCUAACUUUGUUUCCAUACUUUGCAAAAGGCUGAAUAGCUAAUUGCGUUGAUCUCAGUUCAUGAGUUACUGUGAUACAGGUAUAAAAAAAGGCAGUUAGAACUAAAUUUAUGCAUAUCAAAGGAAAAAUGAGCACAGCUAGUGGGCAAACUGUUCUUUCAAAGGUUGUUAAAAGCAGCUGUUUUGUAGUAAUUAUGUGCAGUUUAAUGAGCUAAUCUUUGUUGGCCAUUGCUAUUGUGUGUUCCAUACAAGCAGGUUAAAGAAUUUAUUUUUAAUUGAAGCAGAAGUUGAAUAAAUUGAAUUUAGGGGCGACCUGUCAAAAAAAUAGGGAAAGAUUUGAGGUAAUCAGUUUCUUCUUAAAUAAGAGGGGAAGACGUCUCCAGGAGGAAAAGUGUUUGACCUUGCAAAGGUCAACUAAACUUUUCUUAGUGUUUUCUUACACUGAUAAUAGGCUGAACCAUCCCCCUUUGGCAGAAUAUGUUACAAAAAAGCCAAAAAAGUCCAAUGAAUUUACACAGCUUCCUGUGAGUCAUUAGUAUCUGGAAAGCUGAACUUGUUUUCUUCACUCAGCGACAAGGGAGUUGAACUGUGUGCUUAGGCAUAUCACAGCUUAGGUGAAGUCCACGUACUUGUUAAAAUCAGGAAAUAAAAUACCUCCUUCAGCUGUGAUACAUACCCAGUGGAUAGCUGUAUUUAAGCCUCUGUGCACUUUAUGAAAUUAAGACUAGAAAAAGGCUGCCAUAGGAGAGCUACAGUGACAUCAACCUCAAACAAACUGCUUAUCUUUGUGGAUUUUUAUAUUAGCUGUUGGCAUUCAUUUUACAAAUAUGUUAUUCACUCCAAAUUUUUAAAUAAGGUGUUUUAGAAGAGAAAGCAAUUGCAGGUUGAAAACAGCACAUUCCUGUUUAAAUCCUUAGUAGGUGGACUCUAGGCAAGCCAGCUGGUCUAUAAUUAUAAAUCUGGGAAUGAAAGGGACAUGAAGACUCACUAUCCAGGUUUUCAUAAAUCCCUAAGAAAAACAAGAUUUGGGGCUUAUUUUACUGUAUUUUUAGAGAAGAAUGAGAGAAUAGGGCUGUGCAACAACAGGUAAUAGGAGAGGAGAGCUCUGGUGUGAACUGGUAAGCAGAGAGCAGGUUCUGGGCCAGGAUUUACGACAGGAACAUGCUGGACCAGGCCCUGUGGGAAAUACAAAGUGGCAGCAACACUGACUUGGGAGCAGCAGCCCUUUCCUUGUGUCCAUUUCUACCAGUGGAAGAGCUGGUAAUUUGUACCACUCCCCCAACUUGUUUUUGGCAUCAUACAUGAAAAAUCCAUUUGAGAGGACAACUUUUGACAUCACUAUUGCAGUAGUUCCACAUCCUUGAAAUACUAAGAACUUGUACAUUGUAUGAGUAUGGAGGGUUAUUUGUUGUUUGUUUGGGUUUGUUUUUUUUCCUAUUAAAUCCCUCAAAAUAAUAAGAUUCUCCAGGAAAUAAAUGAGAUUUCUCAAGGCUGUUUAAAAUCUAGAAUGCCUGAGUGGUUAUCUGGUCAACAUUUUAACAGAUAAUCUGCCAAAGGAAAACACAAGUGUUUCUUGAUGACAAAAUUACAGAGCUAGGAAAAACAUCUUCGCAUGAGAGGCUGACUAAUAAGCUUCAUAGUCAUGCAGAAAAAUACUAACUGCAUCACACAGUUGGUUUUAAAUUACUCUGACUUUUUUAGUACAGGGACCUGCAAAUCAUUUUGCAGUUGCAAUACAUAGGUGGCUUUGACAGCCAAAAGGCAAGUAGAACAUUAAAAAUUCCCAGGGAAAAAACAGAUUUAGACUACAGAGCAAUUCUAUGACAUGCCCUCAUUUUGAGUAUUAUGGUGCCUCCAGUGCAUCUCAGAAACUGUGCAACACAGAGACAGAAAUGGGAGAAAGAAAAAUUAAAGUAAAAAAGAAUGAUCAGAAAUGCAAAGUAGUUUCAUCACAAGAGAUUAUGUAACUCACUUUCCAGGCUGAAAACAUCUCAAGGUGAGGAAUACUAUGUCUGUAAAAGAGUGGAAGAUGAAUAGGGAGCAAGUAAUUGCUGGUUUUGUAAAAUCAAAACUCAUCAACACUCAGUGAAAUCAGAUUUCAACCAAACAGCAAAGAAACUCUUCUUUACACAGCACAAUUCCAUCGGGGGCACUCUUGCCACAGGAUUUGGUAGAAGCAAAGAAAACAGCUUCAGGAGACAUGACCUACACAGAGACUUGGCUGCAAAACACCUGCAUUGGCACAAUCCAAAUGCAGCCUUUGUGUCAGGAAAUUGCACAGCUGUGAUGAGUGAAGGACAGGAGUGGGCACCAGUGAAGAUCUCCUCUUAGAAGGAUCAAUAGCCAGCGUGGGAGACAGGGUGACCAUCACGGUGAUUCUUAUAUUCUUGCAGCUAUUGAAAAACCAAGUUGAGAGCCUCGUCAAAUGAACUAAACCCCAGGUAGGUCAUAUCUAGAAACGGAGACUGAAACAUCUUCAUGUGUAGAAAGGACAAGAUUCAUGAUUCCUGAGAAAACACACCUUUAAAUUAUGUUUAUUACAGUGUCGUGACUUCCUCUGCAGAUGAAGGGUGAAGAAGAACUAAGGGUGGUAAUGGAUGCUUUCCCAUUGUCUUUGGCAUUCAGAUUGUUUGAGAGCAUUGGCACUUCCAACUUCUUGCAUAGAAAAACCCCACUUACCCAAACUUUGAAAUGUUUCUUCUCACCUGAGAGCGUUUUGAGCUUUCUGCAGCCUGUGCUCGGGCACAUCAGCAAGCUCAGGUAUUUCAGAGCAAGAGAUCUUUAAUACUUCGUCCCAGAGGCACAUUUUAAACCUGUCCUUCACUCAGCCAGCUGGAGGCUGAGGUCUGCCAGGGCUGGGCUGGACGUGCCCAAGGGUACUUCCUUCUACAUUGUCACAUCUGUAAUACUUACAGGAAACCUUUCCGAGCAGCAGACGUUAGUGUUUAGGGAUCAUUAAUGUUUAGGGAUCGCCCACUGCAACCAAAUUCACCCUUACCUGUAUCAGUUGCACUGUUUAAAAAUGUUAGUUAUCCUAAAAUAGUUAAGAUUAACAAUUGUAUUCAAAGUACAAAAUUAAGCCAAACAAAAUUAUUUAUUUUGGCAUGAGAUUUAUAUAGAAACUAACUUUAGCUUCAUAAUUAAAAUAAAAAUCUAAUGCACUAGAAAUGUGCUUCCUCUGUGGGUUAGUAGGAGUAGAAAAGAAUGUGUGCCAUUCUGUGUAAGGAAUGAAUUAAAAAUUUCAGGGUUUAGAAGCUGUUCAUGCAAGAUCUCAUAUCCUGAAAAUGGAGUCCUAUGUCAUCAGUGAGCAACUGGAAAAACAGCAACACAAAGGUUAUACACUAUGAAUUUUUAAUCCUGAAUAAUUUACCUCAAGUUUUGGCAAAGGAAAUCUAACUCUCCAUUUCUUGUUCAUCUUAAGACUGUUUCCCCUUUCAAGAAUAAGUGAAUAUUCUAUUUGACUGCAUAUCCAUUGUAUCAGAUGACCAGAUGUAUCACAACCUCUGAAUCAUAUAUCCUUGUUUGCUUACUGCAGCAUCACAUUAUGAAAGUAGCUCAUACCAGGCUCUUGCUUUUUACUUUUGGAAGUAUAAACUCAAGGCAGAUGUGUGUCCAGGCCUGCACUGGCCUGAACUAGCACAAACCCAGGGCAAGGGUCUGAAGUGCCAAUGGGAUGCAAAUUGUCCCAGUUGUUGCCUUGAGAUUAAAAUCCAUUUGUGUAUUUCUUUUAAAAACUUAAUAGGAAACUAAACUGCAAAAAGUAAAAGGAUAUUUUUGGACCCCCUGUUUCAUGUAAGAGAUAUUCUGGUUGUGAGUCAGGAAGACUGGGCUGCAAGCAAAGCCUUCUGGCAGGUCUGGUGUGUCUGUGGGAGCCAAGGAACUGAGCUGGACCUGCCUCCUGCAGCUGGGCAAGGUCCUCACUCAGGGCCACAAACAAGAGUUUCCCAUGAGGAGAACAAAUAGGUCUUUCAGCUUCCAGCAAACAGCAGACAAAUGAGGAUUUCUUGAAUCUCAAGGAGGCAAGAAAAUUAUGGGUUCAAUCUGGAAUAUUAAUGAUUUCCCCAGGUUUCCACAAAUCUGCUCAGCUUUCAUUAAUCAAAUCAAAUCAAAUCAAAUCACUUUUCAGUUACACUUUUCCAUCUAGCUGCGUUCCAAACAACAUCAGUAGGAAAAAAAACCCUGCAAAGGUCAGACUAGUACCUACUUGGGGCUCUAUACAUGCCUACUAAUUUGGGGAAACACAGGAUUCAGGACAACGAUUUUUGGUAGCUUUACCAGGUAUAAAAGAGCUGAGGCACAUUUUUGCAACCCUCUUCUCUCUGUUCAUGUAUGUUAGUAACAACAAACUUGGGGAUAAUGCUACCAGCUCCUUUAAACUGGCCUGCUUAUUUUUAAAGUUUAAGAAACUAUGAAAACAAUUAUUUCAGAGGGUUUUUUAAGAAACUUUCUUUGGGAAGCAUUCAGACUCCUUUCCUUGUGUUUAAGGUAUAAAAAUUUACUUUUUUAAUGUUGGUUUUUUUUUUUUUUUUUUGAGGAAGAAAAGAAAAUUUACUUAACUGUACAAUAAACAUUGAGUUAAUUCUCAGUUAUUGACAAAUACACAGGUAUGAUGGACCAUAGGAAAACUUCAAGUAUUUUUUAACACCAUUGUUCUAUACAUGUACACAUUGCUCCCAGCAACUGUAACCCUGCUGUCAGCUCCAAGACACUUGCUUUCAGUUAAAAAGUCCCAAAAGUCACGGCAGUGCAGUAUGAGCAAGCUACUGAUGGGUGACUGGGUAGCGGCUAUGAAACCACGAGUGUAAAGGACCACUAUGAAACAAGGGGUACUAAUGGAAGAUGUGAAGGAAAAGGGAAGGAAGAUUGAAUUCCCAUGGCUGUUUAGUGAAUCAGGGGCUCAACAUACACAUUGUCACAGCAAACUGAAUGUGACCCAACUUUGAUGAAAGAUCAGUUCCCAAUACCCUACUAAAUUAACAGUUAUGACUGUGAACUCUCCUGUACUUAAUGUGUACUAAGC